AUGGAUAACCUGACUGCGCUCUCCCAGGAGAUGUGGCGUCAAGGUGAAGUCCCGCAAGAUUUCAAGGACGCAACAAUCGUGCACCUCUACAAGCGAAAAGGAAACCGCCAAGUCUGCGACAAUCACCGCGGCACCUCCUUGCUGAACAUCGCCGAGAAUAUAUUCGCUCGCGUCCUUCUCAACCGUCUCAAUAACCAUCUCGAUCAGGGCCUUCUGCCGGAAAGCCAAUGCGGCAUCCUUCGUCAUCGUGGGACCACGGGUAUGAUCUUCGAAGCCCGUCAACUUCAGAAGAAGUGUCAGGAGAUGCGGACCCACCUGUACUCUAGCUUCGUGGACCUGACGAAAGCCUACAACACGGUAAAUCGUGAAGAACUGUGGAAGCUCAUGCAGAAAUUCGGCUGUCCGGAGCGACCCACUCAGAUGGUGCGUCAGCUGCACGACGGUAUGAUGGCGCGAUUCACGGACAACGGAGCUACUUCAGAGGCAUUUGCGGUGACCAACGGAGUGAAGCAGGGAUGCGUGCUGGCGCCGACCCUCUUCAGUCUUAUGUUCUCUGCCAUGCCCAUUAUGGACGCCUACCGCGACGAGCGCCCAGGGAUCCGCAUCGCCUACAGGACGGUCGCCUCCAAAACACAGUUUGGAAUCGUCACGGUCUUCAACUGAGCACGAAGCUAAAGAUGUACAAGGCCGUCAUCCUGCCCACACUACUGUAUGGAGCGGAGACUUGGACGGUGUAGGCAAAGCAGGCACGCCGACUAAACCAUUUCCACCUUAGCUGUCUCCGUCGCAUCCUGAGGCUGAACUGGCAGGAUCGCAUCCCCAACACUGAUGUGCUAUAACGAACGGGAAUCCUCAGCCUCUACUCCAUGCUGAGACAAAUGCAGCUGCGUUGGAGCGGCCACCUGGUGCGCAUGGACGACGAGUGACUACCCAAACAACUCUUCUACGGAGACGUCGCGACGGGUUCUCGCCGUCAGGGAGGCCAGAUUUGCCGUUACAAGGAUACCCUAAAGUCCUCUUUGAAGCGUCUGCAAGUCAACACGGCCACCUGGGAGGAGCUCGCACUCGAUCGACCGACCUGGUGGAGGACAGUGAAGACAGGCGCUGCCAUCUACGAAGCCAAUCGCAUUGCUGCCGCCAAGGCGAAACGCGAAGCCCGCAAAUCACAACUUCGCCCAGUACGCAACGCCGCCACACAACCGCUUCCAACGUGUCCUCGAUGUCAACGGACAUUCUGGGCUCGAAUCGGACUUGUUGGACACCUUCGGAUCAACUGCGCCUCUCGAACUGCACCACCCAUCGUCCCUCCGCCCGCCUCUUCCUCCCCUCCGCCGCCAACUAACUCUGACAAUUCUUCUGAACCAUCAUUUCCAUCCUCCUCCUCCAACUCCACCUCGCCCACUGCUCCAACGACGGCCGCUCAGGCGACUGCCACGCGCGCAACAACCGACACCACCGACAGUUCGUCCGUCGAUUUCGAUGAUGACCACCGUGUGCCCCACAGACUGCAUUGUGGGAGCAGGGACGGUGACUUGCGCAGGGGUUUAUAG